AUGAGUAAGUCCCUCGUAGUGCUUUUCUUCUUUACGGGAUUUCUCCUCCGUGUUGGGCUGAUAAUGUAUGGGAUGUAUCAAGACAAAGUUAUGAACCUACGAUACACAGAUAUAGAUUACGACGUAUAUAAUGACGCAUCCCGGUAUAUAGUGGACGGGGAAUCACCAUAUAGAAGAGCUACAUACCGAUAUACCCCACUCUUGGCUGAGAUGUUAAUACCCGACGUGACACUGAAUGAAGAGUUUGGGAAGAUCCUCUUCUGUGUUUUUGAUGUUGUUAUUGGGGCAUUACAAUAUCAAAUGCUGAGACAAACAUUAUCAGUCAUGUGGUCGUUGGUCUAUACGUCGAUUUGGAUAUUCAACCCGAUGAGUAUCGUCAUCUCGACACGUGGGAACGCAGAGGCAGUGGUCUGUCUCUUUGUUAUCUUGACGUUCUACUUUUUGUACAAGAGGAAGAUCUACCUCUGCUCAUUCUUCUUUGGUCUUGCAGUGCAUAUGAAGAUCUACCCCGUCUUAUACGCUUUUCCUAUUCUAUUUGCUUUGGACGCGUUCUUCCCAAACAAGUCUUUUUUUUCGAAAGAGCGAUUUUUGUUCCCAAUUGUAUCGUUCGGGACAUUUGCACUACUCACUGCGUUCUACUACUAUCGUUACGGCUUCCAAUUCCUUUGGGAGACGUACUUGUACCACGCAACUCGAACGGAUCAUCGACACAAUCUGUCAGUGUAUUGGUAUUACCUCUCUUUGGCAUUUGACUUCCCGAAGUCUACUGUUCGGUCACUCAUCAGUUUUUUGCCACAAAUACUCUGUCUUGUUGCUGUUGCUAUUAAGUACUGCAAGAAAGAUAUUAUCUUCUGUGGGUAUCUGAUGACGUGCAUCUUUGUCUGUUUCAAUAAAGUGUACACAAUGCAGUACUUCAUUUGGUGGUUUGUGUUACUCCCAUUUGUCGUCCCCAAAAUCGUGAAAGGAGCAUUGCAUCAUAUUGUGUUGACCAUAACAGUAAUAGCAAUGUAUGUCGCUUCAUAUGGAGUGUGGCUUUAUUACGGUUAUCAGCUUGAAUUUAUGGGGGAAAAUUCGAUGUUUGAAAUCUACUGCGCGGGGUUGUUUGUCUUCGUGAUGAAUAUUUUGCUCAUAUGUUGGCAUGUAUACGUUUACACCCUUUCCGAGAAACUUGAAACCACAGAGAAGCCAAAAACACACUAA